UGAAUUUGUUCUUUGCCUUUCGCAGGUAAAUUGAGAUACGCCAACAACAGUAAUUACAAAAACGACGUCAUGAUCAGAAAAGAGGCUUAUGUACAUAAAAGUGUGAUGGAAGAACUAAAGAGAAUAAUUGACGACAGUGAAAUUACCAAGGAGGAUGAUGCUUUGUGGCCUCCUCCUGACCGAGUUGGCCGGCAGGAGCUUGAAAUCGUCAUUGGAGAUGAACACAUUUCAUUCACCACCUCAAAAAUUGGUUCCCUUAUUGAUGUUAAUCAGUCAAAGGAUCCAGAAGGCUUACGAGUAUUUUAUUAUCUUGUCCAGGACCUGAAGUGUUUGGUCUUCAGUCUUAUUGGAUUACACUUCAAAAUUAAGCCAAUCUAGAUGGACCAUUGGUGUGGAACUUGGUGG